GCAGUCGUUCGGGUGAGCGAAGAUGGCGGCCGAGAGGGAACCUCCUCCGCUGGGGGACGGGAAGCCCACCGACUUUGAGGAUCUGGAGGACGGAGAGGACCUGUUCACCAGCACUGUCUCCACCCUAGAGUCAAGUCCAUCAUCUCCAGAACCAGCUAGUCUUCCUGCAGAAGAUAUUAGUGCAAACUCCAAUGGCCCAAAACCCGCAGAAGUUGUAUUAGAUGAUGACAGAGAAGAUCUUUUUGCAGAAGCCACAGAAGAAGUUUCUUUGGACAGCCCUGAAAGGGAACCUAUCCUAUCCUCGGAACCUUCUCCUGCAGUCACACCUGUCACUCCUACUACACUCAUUGCUCCUAGAAUUGAAUCAAAGAGUAUGUCUGCUCCCGUGAUCUUUGAUAGAUCCAGGGAAGAGAUUGAAGAAGCAGCAAAUGGAGACAUUUUUGACAUAGAAAUUGGUGUAUCAGAUCCAGAAAAAGUUGGUGAUGGCAUGAAUGCCUAUAUGGCAUAUAGAGUAACAACAAAGACAUCUCUUUCCAUGUUCAGUAAGAGUGAAUUUUCAGUGAAAAGAAGAUUCAGCGACUUUCUUGGUUUGCACAGCAAAUUAGCAAGCAAAUAUUUACAUGUUGGUUAUAUUGUGCCACCAGCUCCAGAAAAGAGUAUAGUAGGGAUGACCAAGGUCAAAGUGGGUAAAGAAGACUCAUCAUCCACUGAGUUUGUAGAAAAACGGAGAGCAGCUCUUGAAAGGUAUCUUCAAAGAACAGUAAAACAUCCAACUUUACUACAGGAUCCUGAUUUAAGGCAGUUCUUGGAAAGUUCAGAGCUGCCUAGAGCAGUUAAUACACAGGCUCUGAGUGGAGCAGGAAUAUUGAGGAUGGUGAACAAGGCUGCCGACGCUGUCAACAAAAUGACAAUCAAGAUGAAUGAAUCGGAUGCAUGGUUUGAAGAAAAGCAGCAGCAAUUUGAGAAUCUGGAUCAGCAACUUAGGAAACUUCAUGUCAGUGUUGAAGCCUUGGUCUGUCAUAGAAAAGAACUUUCAGCCAACACAGCUGCCUUUGCUAAAAGUGCUGCCAUGUUAGGUAAUUCUGAGGAUCAUACUGCUUUAUCUAGAGCUUUGUCUCAGCUUGCAGAGGUUGAGGAGAAGAUAGACCAGUUACAUCAAGAACAAGCUUUUGCUGACUUUUAUAUGUUUUCAGAACUACUCAGUGACUACAUUCGUCUUAUUGCUGCAGUGAAAGGUGUGUUUGACCAUCGAAUGAAGUGCUGGCAGAAAUGGGAAGAUGCUCAAAUUACUUUGCUCAAAAAACGUGAAGCUGAAGCAAAAAUGAUGGUUGCUAACAAACCAGAUAAAAUACAGCAAGCUAAAAAUGAAAUAAGAGAGUGGGAGGCGAAAGUGCAACAAGGGGAAAGAGAUUUUGAACAGAUAUCUAAAACGAUUCGAAAAGAAGUGGGAAGAUUUGAGAAAGAACGAGUGAAGGAUUUUAAAACCGUUAUCAUCAAGUACUUAGAAUCACUAGUUCAAACACAACAACAGCUGAUAAAAUACUGGGAAGCAUUCCUACCUGAAGCCAAAGCCAUUGCCUAGCAAUAAGAUUGUUGCCGUUAAGAAGACCUUGGAUGUUGUUCCAGUUAUGCUGAAUUCCACAGUGAAAUCAUUUAAAACCAUCUAAAUAAACCACUAUAUAUUUUAUGAA